CCGGGAGAGGAAACACUUUUCAUAAUGUAAAAAUUAUUGUCAGGCCACACUCCCUCUUCAUCACCACCAUGGAGCUACUCAGUGUGUCUCUGACGCUCUGCACCAUUCUGACUCUGAGCCAAGCCAUGCCACUCAACUCCUCCGUCUCCAGGCACAUGGGUCAGUGUGAGUACAUCAUGCAUCACAGCUUCGACACGAUGGGAGCGUACGUCCCGCAGUGCGACGCCAACGGGAACUUCCUGCCGCAGCAGUGCUCGGGGUCGACCAGGUACUGCUGGUGCGUCAACGUCAUCACUGGAGAGGAGAUACCCAACACAAAGACGCCGCCGGGGAUCAUACAAGUUGACUGCUACAGGGAUUUCUACUGCCCCUACGGCUGGUCCCGCUUUGGAAAACGGUGUUUCACCUUCAUCAACAGCCCAAAGACAUGGGUUGAAGCUGAGAGUUACUGUCUGUUUGAACGUGCUAACCUAGCAUCCAUCCACAGUUACGAGGAGAAUCAUUUCAUCCAGGCUCUGACCAGAGGAGACACCUUCGAUUUCCCUGAAACCUGGAUUGGAGGCUUUGAUGCCAUACAACACUCUGUUUGGAUGUGGAGCGACGGCUCCAAGUUCUACUACAACAACUGGUACACGGACUACAACGUUGAAAGAAUGGAGAAGUGUCUGAUGAUGAAUUAUGGAUAUGAGCAUAACUGGAACUACGCCUCCUGCAAUGAAAGUCUCCCUUUCGUUUGUGCCAAGAGGAUCUGAACUCAGACCUGACUCUGCUGCACCCGACAGCUGGAGUGACGUUUCCUCUCAUUCCAUUCCUUGUUUUUGUUAAAUAUCAUCAAUAAUAUUACGCACACACAUAGCUUUUAGAGGUUUUGUUUUGUCUUUUAGAGGUUAAUUUUGUUUGCAAAGAUGUGACUUCCCCAGAUGUGGCCCGAGUCUAACUAAUCCACCAGCAAAUAUUUGAUCCAGAUGAAUCCAUCUGAUUCGGGGCUAACCAGUCUUACCCGUCUCAUAUCUGGACCAGUGUAUAACCUUUUAAGUACUAAAUUACUUUUUUUUUUUUUAAAUGUGUCAAUAAAAAUGUACAACACUGAACUGUGAAAGCAUUUGUCUCACAAAAUAAGGACAUUUUCUACAUACAUGGACGACACAAUGAGUUUCAAACUAAAAGUAUGAAUGGUGUAAACAGAACCUGGUAUCUGGUAUCUAUU